AGAUUGAAGCAGAAGUGCAGAGAAGAAAACACCUGGUUCAUCAAUCAGCGGAGCGCAAAGCCAUCAUCUCUCAGUGUUACAAACGAAAGCACUCAGAAGUGUACACUCUUCAGAUAAGCGGAUCUUUCGACUCCCAGUGUUCACAGAGGAGUUCUGCCAAGCCUUUAUUGAGGAGCUGGAGAAUUUUGAGCAGUCGGACAUGCCUAAAGGCCGGCCCAACAGCAUGAAUAACUAUGGGGUUUUACUCAACGAGCUAGGGAUGGAUGAAAGUUUCAUCACACCCCUGCGUGAAAAAUAUCUGCGUCCCAUCACAGCCCUGCUUUAUCCUGACUUGGGGGGUGCCUGCCUGGACAGUCAUAAGGCAUUUGUUGUCAAGUACUCGUUGCACGAAGAUCUGGAUCUGAGCUCUCAUUAUGACAAUGCAGAAGUCACCCUAAACGUUUCUCUGGGAAAAGACUUCACAGAAGGCAAUUUGUACUUCGGGGAUUUCAGACAGGAUCCUUCCCCUGUGCCAAGCUACAUAGAGGUGGAACACGUGGGAACCCAGGGGCUGUUGCACCGAGGAGGGCAGAUCCACGGGGCGCUUCCCAUCGCCUCGGGGGAACGCUGGAACCUCAUCAUUUGGAUGAGAUCAUCAGCCAUCCGCAACCAGCUGUGUCCCAUGUGCAACCAGAAACCCCAGCUGGUGGAGGCAGAGGGGUUUGGAGACGGGUUCACAGAAACCUGUGAAGAAGACGUGCCUGAGACCGUGGAUCUCUGCUCGGUGUGGUAGCAGGUGGGGCAUGCCUUCCGCAGAACAGAUUGCCUCCAGCUGCUUUCUGCCCUUCUCGGACCGUGCUGACAGCCUCGGGUGGAUGUUGAGUCAUUUAAGAGGGAGCUGUCACCGUGCAAGGUGACACCAAACCGGUCCUGCUGGGAAGCCAGCUGCUCCCACUGCUGCUGUGAGGGCUGCCGAGGGCACGCAGCCACAUCGGAGUGCUGGAGGAGCGCGUAGACGUGCAAAGCCCCAGCACUGACUCACUGCAAGGACUGCCAAUACGUUCGGGUGUGCAGGACGAGAUCCGACCUGCUUUUCAUCUGCGGAGACGUCUGUGCCUACGGGCGGGGCGCUCCGCGUGUGCGUGGAAAAGAGCAGUGCAAUAAAUCCCCACAUGCACCGCU